AAUCUGCGUGCGUUGAACUCCCGCGCCUUUGCUAGUCUGCUGGCUUCCUCCUGAUUCCCGUCCUGCCUGCUGCGAUAGCGAGGCGAGCGUGCCUCUGCAGCUCUCCACUGUUGAGAACCCAGAGGCCCUCCAGAAGCAAAGGAACCAGGUCCUUUCAGCCAUGAAGUAUGUGUUGAACCUCUACCUACUCGGUGUGGCAUUGACCCUGCUCUCCAUCUUCUUUAGACUGAUGGAGUCCCUGGAGAGGGCACUGGAGAGGCCAUUGCCUGAGAGCUCCUGGGCCACCAGAGGUCAGCUGGCCAACACAGAGCCCAAGGGCCUUCCAGACCAUCCUUCCAGAGGGGUGCAAUAAAAUCUUCCAUCGCCAGCCAUACCCUGAAACACUGACCUCAGCAUGUCCGGCCAGAUGUUCAUUUCCUAUCAGGCAAGCUCACAGCACCAGUGUUUCCCAAGAACAGGCCUGCAUAGAUGCUCCUUGCUGUGGACGAAGAGCCCGUUUAAUGCGCAGGUGUGAGUGGGUUGCCUAUGACUGUGAGCACAGUGCUCUCACUCUUCUCCCCAGGGUCUGCUGUAUGCUUUGCUGUCCUCAGCAUUGUGACUCAGACACUUCUGAGAUGGGGACUUGUGCUGCAGCGUCAUCUGGUGGGAGAUGGUGUUUUCAAU